GGCAUAAACCAUCAACAUAUACUUGAUCGCACUUCAUAGACCCAUGACCAGCGGAAUGCUCGCAUGUUAAACGGAUAUGUGAAUGUGACUUUAUCCUUGUUUUCUUUAAAAGAAAAAUGUCCAACCAGCGUCGUAUGAUUAGCGUCUGUUUUACAGUAAUAGCAGCUUUAAUGUUCUCUCAAAUGAUAUUUUAUUUCGUUUCACAACGUAAUAUUAUAUCGAAGAUCUAUGCAGGCCUAGACGCAAUUCGGGAAUACGAGGAUAGCUUAGCUGAGAGCUUAAACGUGAGUUUUCAUUCGAUGGAACAGCAUUCAAAAGCAACAAAAACAACCCCUAAAAUUUCAGCUACGACGAAGAUUCCCUUACACUAAGACAACAAAAAAGGGUAUUCAAUCGCUUCCUAUGUGUCCUCCAACUCCACCAAACAGAGUUGGCCGUUUAGCCACAUACAAGAAAAUUCUUUCAUUUGAGCAAUUGGAGAAGGAAUUGGUCAACGUCAAACAAGGCGGCCGUUACAUUCCUGUCGAAUGUAAAACGAAUCAGAGGGUAGCAGUUAUAAUUCCCUACAGGAACAGGACAGAUCAUCUGAAGAGCGUUUUACAUAAUCUGCACAGCAUGCUGAUGAAACAGCAGAUUGACUACGGAAUCUUCGUUAUUGAGCAGGCAGGAAAUAAUACAUUCAAUAGAGGAGUUUUGCUUAACAUCGGAUAUGCCGAGUCCAUCAAGACCUACAAUUAUACCUGCUUCAUCUUUCAUGACGUUGAUCUUAUCCCUGAGGAUGACCGCAUCUACUACGGUUGUGGUCACAACCCACGCCACCUAUCGGUAGCCAUGAACAAAUACAACUAUAGACCAGUUUACCCAACUUAUUUCGGUGGUGUUUCACAGUUGCCCAAAGCUGCCAUUCAAAUGAUAAACGGUUGUUCGAACUUAUAUUUCGGAUGGGGAGCUGAGGAUGACGACUUAUACGAUAGAUUGGUGAAGGCCGGUUUUACCAUAGAGCGGUACAGUUUGGAGAUAUCGCGCUAUAUCAUGAUCAAACAUACACGUGAAACGACGAACGCAGUAAAUCCCAAGAGAACGACAUUAUUGAAAGGCGGUACAUCCCGAAUGCAAAAAGACGGAUUGAAUAGUUUGAAAUACAAACUGCUUAAAAUUCAGCAUCACAAACUGUACACGAAUAUUUUAGUGGAAGUCAGAAAAGAGGAUUACGGAUUGUAAAUAGGUGACCAGACAGCGCGUGCUUACGAUGCAGCCAGGAGUCGAAACAUGAUAUACCAGCGGAAUAGACUACGUCACAGUAAAGAGAAGACACGUCAAAAUCUGGAGCUACAAGCAUUUUGCAAUAUAAAAACGCCUUGUUUAGAGACCAGGAUUGAUAUAAGAGGAAAGGAAUGUGAAAUAAUGUUUGAAAGGUAUAAUCGGAACAUAAAUUAUGUUCACGAUAAAAUACCCACAGGAACAAAUUUAUAGCAAAUUUCUGUUCUAUCAUCAAGGACUUUCUUAAGAAAGAUGUAUUCACGACAGGAGGCUCUAGCAUUUCAUGUUUUGUGAUUUUGUUGCUUUUUCUUCAGUUUCUUCGCAAAUAUGUGAAAGUUAUAUUAUACCCUUUAAUCGCGUAGCGAAUAUUUACAUAAAUUUAUUAAUUUGU